CAAGACGGCGAGCUGACCGUGUUUAUCUACAGGAAAUAAAUCAGAUAGAGGGAGUGAAAAUAGUGCAUAAACCGGCGUGUUUCGUCGAGGUUUUGUGAGUCUUUUCCCGGAGCCCCGUUUGUAAAGACCCAAGGGGCCACGCCAAAAAAGUGUUUAUUCGUGUUUUUGGAGGUGUGAGGCUCGAGAAUCCGCACAGAAUGACCAUUGACUGGCCCGAUCUGCUUGUGCUUCGCGGGCAUUAGGUUUAAGGAACUAUCACCACCUCCGUUGACUGGCGAAAGAAACGCCGCAGCUUUGCCUUCGAGGGACUUGGGGGUGAAAAGGAGGAAAAUAAUGGCAUUACUGGCCAUCCGGAUGCUUGUGCUGGGGUUGUGGAUAGGGGUUCAAGCUGCUGCUGUUGCUGCGGGAGCGGGACAGUCCACUCCGGCCACAUGCUCCCCACUGUGCCGCUGCGAUGAGGACGGAGGUGCGGACUGCUCUGGACGAGGACUGACCAACGUCCCCACCGGCCUCAGUGCUUUCACGUACUACCUGGACAUCAGUAUGAACAACAUCACUGAGCUGCCUGCAAAUGUCUUCAGAAACCUGCCCUAUCUGGAAGAACUACGGUUGGCUGGUAAUGACCUUGCUUUCAUCCACCCAGAGGCUCUGUCUGGCCUCCAUCAGCUUAAAGUCUUGAUGCUUCAGAAUAAUCAGUUGAAGACUGUUCCCAGUGCAGCUCUCAAGAAUCUCCAUGCCCUGCAGUCUUUGCGGUUGGAUGCUAACCACAUCACUUCAGUGCCUGAGGACAGUUUUGAGGGUCUGCAGCAGCUCAGGCAUCUCUGGCUGGAUGACAACAGCCUGACUGAGGUUCCUGUCAGCCCCCUACAGCACCAGAGCAACCUGCAGGCCCUGACGCUGGCUCUCAACCGGAUCACACAAAUCCCGGAUAACGCCUUCGCCAACCUCUCCAGUCUGGUUGUACUGCAUCUACACAAUAAUCGGAUCCAGGAAAUUGGGAAAAACUGUUUUAGUGGACUGGACAACCUGGAGACAUUGGAUCUAAACUUCAACAGUCUGAAGACCUUUCCAGAGGCCAUUCAGACUCUGCCUAAGUUGAAAGAACUUGGAUUUCAUAGCAACAACAUUGCAUCCAUCCCUGAGGGAGCUUUCCAUAGGAAUUUACUGUUGCGCACAAUCCAUCUCUUUGACAACCCGCUCUCCUUCGUGGGAACUACUGCUUUCCAGAACCUGUCAGACCUGCACUCUCUAAUGCUGCGUGGUGCCAGUAUGAUGCAGGAUUUCCCCAGCCUUACUGGAACAGGAAAUCUGGAAAGCCUGACUUUAACAGGGACUAAAAUCCAAAGAAUACCAGCAGACUUAUGUGAGGAUUUGACUGUGCUGUGUACACUAGAUCUGUCCUACAAUGAAAUCGAAGACCUUCUGUCCUUUCAGGGCUGUGCUAGACUGCAGGACAUAAGUCUACAGCAUAACCAAAUUCAGCAGAUAGACAGAGGCACUUUCCAGGGCAUGACCAGCCUUAGAGUGCUAGACCUGAGCAGAAAUCGGAUCAAGUUCAUCCACAGAGAUGCCUUCCUUUCUCUCAGUGCUCUCACCAACCUGGAUCUGAGCCUGAACUCCCUAGCCAGCAUUCCCACUGCAGGACUGAGUGCACUGAACCAGCUCAAGCUGACUGGAAACAUGGAGCUAAGGAACGGCUUGAUGGCUAAGAGUCUGCCUAAACUCAGGUCUAUAACGGUUCCCUAUGCUUAUCAGUGUUGUGCUUUUGUGGCUUGUGACAGUGCAGUUAACCCAGCUGAGGAAGACGAGAGAAGAAGUGCAUUUGGUGGUGAGGAGGACAUGUUAAGGACUCCUCUGAUCAUGCACUGCUCACCUUCACCAGGGGCAUUUAAACCCUGCGAGCACUUGUUGGGUAGCUGGAUGAUCAGAUUGACCGUGUGGUUUAUCUGCCUGGUUGCUCUGCUCUUCAACUGCUUGGUCCUUGCAGCCACCUUCUCCCCACGCACCUCCCCUCUCUCCUCAUCCCGCCUCCUUGUGGUCCUCCUGGCCUCCGCCAACCUGCUCACAGGGGUUUACGUGGCAGCGCUGACGCUCCUGGACGCUGCCACCUGGGGCUCAUUUGCAGAGUACGGCGUGUGGUGGGAAACAGGCGCCGGGUGUCAGUUGGUGGGCUUCCUCGCUGUGUUCUCCUCAGAGUGGGCUGUGCUGCUGCUGGCAUUAGCUGCGGUGGAGCGUUGCUUGGCUGUAAGGGCUCUCAUGGGAAAAGCCGGAACUCUGAGGUCCAGUGGCGAAAGAAGGGAAGGACGAAGGAGGAUCGGUAUUACCGCGCUGCUGCUGGGAUUAGUAGCUGUUGCAGCGGCCUGCCUCAGUCUUUAUCAUGGAUCAGCUAUGGGCUCUCCUCUCUGCCUGCCCUUCUCUGGAGGUCCUGGGCCAGGGCUGGGCUUCACAGUGGCGCUGGUGCUGAUGAAUACACUGGCUUACCUGCUGAGCGCGGUGGUCUAUACACAGCUGUACUGCAGGCUAGGUCGGGCCCAGCUGGCUGACCCUGAGCAGGCUGGGUCUGUGCGCCAUAUCGCCUGGCUCAUCUUCACCAACUGUAUCUUCUUCUGCCCAGUGGCCGCUUUCUCCUUUGCUCCCCUGCUGGCCGGGACCAGUAAUGCAGUGGGUGGGCCGGAGAUGGCCAAAUCAGUCACGCUCAUAUUCUUUCCUCUUUCUGCCUGCUUGAACCCAGUGCUGUACGUCUGCUUCAGUCCCUCCUUUCGAUAUGACUGGCUCCGCCUUAGGGGGUGGGGAAGGGGCGGAGGUUGCAGUGGGCGAGUUGGUAAGGCGAUUACCAAAGGGAUGGUAGCAGGGGGCUCAGCUGUGUCUGAUGAUGGCAAAGGCUUGUCCAGCGAGCUUGUUUACGACUGCGGAAUGUACACAAAGCUCCACGGCAACACCCAGGGAAUAUGUGAACACUGUAACGCCGCCCUUCACAUCAGGACAUCUUCCUCCUCUUCUUCUGCUUCCUCAGCCUGUAGACAUUUAGUGAAGUCCCACAGCUGUCCUGUCCUGUUGGCAAACUCAUCCCAGUGUCUGAACUCUGAGGGGUACUGGCCCGACACCGGGACGCUUUCCGCCCAGUCGGAAUAUGGAGACGAGGGCGAUUCAUUUGUGUCGGACAGUUCGGAGCAGGUGCAAGCAUGCGGACGAGCCUGUUUCUGUCAGAGCCGCGGCCUCCCUUUAGUACACUACUCUUACAACAUCCCCCGCAUGACAGACUGAGCUCACAGCCCCAAACACUCACACACUCACUUCCUCACAGAGUUCUCCCGGGUGUGGAGUAUUCCUGCUCAGCAAGGACAGAGAACAGGGAGGGGCUCUAGACCUGGCUGCAGCCAUGGAAACGCAAACAGAUGGAAGCACUUUCUCUCUUUUCACACUUGGGUUUGUGUUUCUGCACAUUUAUGUGCAGGUGUGAGUGUAUGCGUUAGUGUGGCAUAAAAUGGUGUGAAGAUAGACUGAAUCCUUUAUCCAUGAAAAGGGAAUCUGACAAUACAGAAAGACUCUGAGCCAAAUGUUGUCAGCAAACAACUCUUGUUUUCUUUGUUUCCUGACCCCCUCAUCCAAGUUCGAUUGCAUUGUCACCCAGGGCUGAUUGACAGUUGAUGAACAUAGUGAUCUUUUCUCCCAUUGCCUGCCUUUCAGUUUGGUAGAGAAUAUAACUUGUCUGUUUAUUUUUAGAAAAAUAUUUUUUUAUUUUUAACAUCUGUCCUUUUGAUUUUAAAGCAGGGAUAUAUGUGCCAUUUUACAAAUUUUUUAGAGGAAUGUUUGUUAGGCUUCAAUGUUUUUAGUAGUGUUGAUCGUCUUUGUCGUCUUUUUUUCUUUUUCCUUGUCACGUUCAUCAUAAAGCCUGACAGUGGCAGAGGAUUCCGUUUUAUGUAGCUACGUUUGACUUAUUCUGGAGUUCCAGUAAGCCAAUGAGAAUGUAAUGUAGAAACAGUACAAUUCUGUUCACAGUGUCUUGUGUUCCUUUUUUGAAAAGCGUUCAUUCCUUUUAUUUUUCUGAAAGUGAUCCUAAAAUCACAGCCCUCUCGCCAUGCUAUGCCAAUACCCUUCUGUCAAGUGUUAUGGAAAGAAAUCACAUUUAAUUUAUAUUUUACAAUGACAAUGGAUGUCUUGACUAGAGUUCUUCCUUAAUCACUAGUACAUUUCUACUAAUUUAUUUUAAAACAUACUGCUUUGAUGAAUGAAUGAAAGAAUGAAUGGCAAAUUAUACACCUUUAUUUUGCUAUUUGUCCAGACAAGACAGACUAGAUCAUUUCCAUAUAUAUUUUGUACACUGGGUAGAGAAAAAUAAAGAAGCUUUUCAUUUCAGAUCAGGUCAGUCAUCUUGGGUCAACAAAAGCUGGAGUUUAUCAUGUUUUGUACCAAGGUCUGCAAUAUUCUAAAGCUGCCCUUAAAGGUGUAGUUCACCCAAAAAUUUAAAUUCUCUCAUGAUUUACUCACCCUCCUAGCAUCUCAGAUGUGUAUGACUUUCUUUCUUCUGCAGAACACAAAUUA